AUGACUGAAUUAAAUUAUUUGCUCGUUUCUUGCACGCUUUUUUUGUUAGGGAUUUGGGGUAUUUUUUUAAAUCGUAAAAAUAUUAUUAUCAUGCUAAUGUCGAUUGAACUGAUGCUGUUAGCGGUUAAUUUUAACUUUCUCAUUUUUUCAGUUUAUUUAGAUGACCUCAUGGGCCAAAUUUUUUCGCUGUUUAUUUUAACAGUGGCGGCUGCAGAAUCCUCAAUUGGGCUAGCUCUUCUUGUUAUUUAUUAUCGUAAACAACAAACUAUUGCUGUAGAAUUUAUUAAUCUUUUAAAAGGUUAA